ACUGUAAAAGCAUAUAAACAUUCCUCACAGUCUCUCUGUCUCACUGGUCUUCCAAAAUAUUUCAAAAUUCCAACUUUCUUCACCUUUCAGGUCGGUGACAAAUAUGCCGGAGAUUCAGUUGGGUGCUCACACUGUAAGAUCCCAUGGAGUCAAAGUUGCCAGGACACAUAUGCAUGACUGGCUGAUUCUUUUGCUUCUUGGGAUAAUAGAUGUCGUUUUGAACGUCAUACAACCAUUUCCCCGAUUUGUUGGGAAGGAUAUGCUGGUAGACCUGUCAUACCCACUGAAAGAUAAUACUGUGCCUUUUUGGGCUGUUCCGAUUGUGGCUAUUUUGCUGCCCUUUGCCAUCAUAAGCAUAUACUACGUCAUUAGAAGGGAUGUAUAUGAUCUGCACCAUGCUAUUCUGGGCCUUCUAUAUUCAGUGCUCAUUACUGCAGUAUUAACUGAUGCGAUUAAAGAUGCUGUGGGUCGUCCUAGGCCUGACUUCUUUUGGCGUUGUUUUCCAGAUGGAAAGGGAGUGUUUGAUCCUAUCACGGCUGAUGUUAUGUGUACCGGAUUGAAGAGUGUUAUUAAGGAAGGUCAUAAAAGUUUUCCUAGUGGACAUACUUCUUGGUCGUUUGCAGGUCUUGGUUUCCUUACAUGGUACUUAUCAGGGAAAGUCAGGGCUUUUGAUCGUAGGGGCCAUGUCGCAAAGCUUUGUAUUGUUUUCGUGCCAUUACUUGUUUCAGCCCUUGUAGGAAUUUCUCGGGUUGAUGACUACUGGCAUCACUGGCAAGAUGUUUUCGCUGGUGGUCUUUUAGGGCUGACAGUUGCGUCAUUUUGUUACUUGCAAUUCUUUCCACCUCCUUAUGAUAUAGAUGGCUGGGGACCUCAUGCAUAUUUUCAGAUGCUGGCAGAGUCUCGGAACGGAGAUCAGUCUUCAAAUAACACCAACUGUCUUACCAUCCAGCAAUCGGAACUUGAGACUGUAUAUAUCGAUUCUCAGCAUCAGGGUGUCAUUAGCCGGGACACCAGCUCUAUUCUAAGAAGCGAUAAGUGAGAGGAGGCACUGACUUCAGGUUUUUCUAAUCAUAGGGAUGCUUCAUGUGCAUAAUAUGUAAGCUCAGUAGAAUGUGUUAAAUUACAGGUAGAUAGCUGAACUUGAAAUGCUUACUUGUUCACGCCUGAACCUGCUCUUUUUAGUGAGAUUUCUUAAUUUAGUUACACCUUUAUUCGAGUA